AUGUACGGGCGCCAUCUAGAAGAAGACGACAUUCUCUACUCGGCGAUUAGCAGGAAGAGUAUUGACACUCUGAAGGAGUUCUUCAGAAGCGACGUGAGCCAAGAUGAGUGGAAGUUGAUUAUGCAGCUCAAGGGACUGCUUGAUAUCGUAUGA